AUGGCUGGGGAAAGGGAGAAAUUUAGCUGUUUAUCAUGGCAGAAUGGGGGAAACAUGACAGCAAAAACACUGUUUUCAUGUAACAUUGCAACAGCAUUUCUGUCUUUAAUUAUUGCAAAGAAAUGUGAAGCCUAUGAUGUGAUGUUGAAGCAGAGUCUUGUGCCUGAUGGGCAGCCUCUUGCUAUUAAAUGUUCAGUGGAAAAGAGCUUGAAAAGUGGAGACUACAACUUAACAUGGUAUAAAGUUGGUAACAAGAGAGCUGUGCCUAGAGACAAACUGUCUAGAGUUCAUCAGCAGAAGAAUCUAAUUUGGUUUCUACCUGCCAUGUUAGAAGAUUCUGGAGAUUAUGAAUGUGUCAUAAGGGAUUUGACAAGCUGCAAAAAAAUGUGUACAAAAGUAACAGUUUUUGAGAGGAUUGAUGGUUUAUGCUUAAAUGAAAAAUUUGCUGUGGAGGAGGUGAUAUUCACAUCAUCUUCUGCAAAGGUCGUUUGUCCCCACUUGGAUUAUUUCAGGACAGAGAGAAAUAUUCAUCCUGUUCAUUGGUAUAAGGACUGCCAGCUGCUAGAAGGAAAACGGUUUGCCCUUUCAAACAGUGACCUUAUAAUUUUCAACGUAACUGUACAUGAUGGAGGAAACUAUACGUGUGAAACAAGAUAUACCUACAAUGGGAAACAAUAUAACAUUUCACGAGACAUCAGUCUGGUUGUAGAAGUGACCCCACCAAAAAAGCCUCCAGAAAUAACUUACCCAAGAAACAACUCCAUUGAAGUGGAACUUGGCUCACAGGUUACUGUGGAUUGCAACACCACAGGUGCCGAUGGGUAUGAGGUGUACUGGACAGGACAUGGUGUGUAUAUUGAUGUAUUUCACAUGAGCAGAAUUUUUUCAAGUUCCUAUGAGGGAGAAACUUCUUACGAUGGGCGCCCUAUGCAUUCUGUGAAGCUAAUUAUUUCAGAAGUAAGCAGUGAAGACUAUGAACAGCCUUUUGUCUGUCAAGCUUCAAAUGCCUUUGGGCAAGUUGCAUCCUAUAUUAUAUUAAAACACAGAGUUCCUGACAUACGACGAUGGCUGACUGGAGGGCUUGUCUCUUUGUUAAUUUUAACAUUUAUUACUUUAAUAAUCUACAAGAUUUUCAAGAUUGAUUUGGUACUUUGGUACCGUACUUCUGUCUGUGCCCUUACAAGUAAGGAAGAUGGGAAAAUCUACGAUGCAUAUGUCCUGUACACAAAAAGCAGUGAAGGCAGAAGUAUAUGUUGUCUGGAAACCUUCGUUCGUAGGAUACUCCCAGAUGUUUUAGAAAAACAAUGUGGAUAUAACCUUUUCAUAUUAGGAAGGGAUGAUUUACCAGGAGAAGCUGUGGUCAGUGUUGCUGAUGAAACCCUUAAGCAAAGCAGAAGACUGAUGAUUAUUUUGGGAUCAGAAGCAUCUAGGUGCUGCCGGUUGGAAGACACCUCUGAGCAACAACUAGCUAUGUAUAAUGCUCUCAUCCGUGAUGGGAUCCAAGUGAUUCUUAUAGAAAUGGGUGAAAUACAGGACUACACCAGCAUGCCAGAAUCAAUCAGAUACAUUAAGCAAAAACAUGGAGCUAUUCAAUGGAAAGGGGAUUUCUCAGAGAAAUCUUGUUCAGCAAACACAAGAUUCUGGAAAAAUGUGCGUUAUCAAAUGCCACCCAGGAAAAAGGGAUCUUAUUCUGAAGUUCAUUCCUUGUCCCAAAUGUCAAACAGUUCUGCAGCAAAGGAAAGUUAAGAAGCACUUAUUAAAUAAUACUAAGAAGGUAAUUCUGAAUUGGGAUGUUUCUUGCAUAUUUUUUUAUACUACAAAGUAGAUGUUUUCUUCGAGGAGUAGAAACUGCUCAUCUCUUCCAUAAAUUACACCCCAAAAGAA